GGCGUGGCGGGUGGUGGUGUUUGUGGUGGUGGCUGGUGAAGAGAUGGUGAUGGCGGUGGGGUUAGCGGUUGGGGGGAGAUAUAAUCAUUGAAUUACAAUAAUUGAAGGUUUUAUUGGAUAUUAAUGUCAAAGAAAAUCUGUUAGAUUUCUUGACUUUGGUGUCUACUUCCUCUAAUUUCUCCUGUUUUUAUCGAUACCCAGUUUAUGAAUCAUGGAGCAUGUGGAGAAUUUUUUAUAUAAUUAUGGUGAUGAUGAAUGUUGUUUUGUCUGGUUAGUAGAAUUUCUGAAAAAAAAUUCCGCAAAAAACUGAUAUGGGUAUUGAAAAAAAUGUUACUCGUACAAUUUGAGAUUGAAAAGGGAAGAGCAUAGUGGUCCAUUCAAGACAAAUUGUGGCCAUUAGUAUGUAAAAUAAGGGCGACAUUUAACACUCCCCUUUUUUUUUUUAUGACGGUGAAAAACAGGACGAAGAUUUCCCUCAUUCUCAUCACACACACUCUCUCUCAUCUUUACAAGUUCUAGGGUUCCAAAUCCGAUUUCCCCAAAUCCAAUUCCCUCCUUCUUUCGAUCUCUCUCCAAUCAAACCUUGCAAUUCUAAGCAAUAAUUAGGGUUUUCUCCGAAAUCGAAGCUGAAAGAUGCCUCAAAGACACUCGAAGAACAACAACGAUCUCGCGUUUUUCACCUACGAUGAGAAGCGUAAGCUAGGGUAUGGUACCCAGAAAGAGAGAUUAGGGAAAGACUCCAUUAAACCUUUCGACGCUUGUUGUCUCUGCUUGAAGCUUGUUAUUGAACCUUUGUGCUGCCCUAAAGGUCAUGUAUUUUGCAAAGAGUGUAUCCUCGAAUGCUUGCUUUCCCAGAAGAAGGAUAUUCAAAGAAAGUUAGCUGCACAUGCUGCGCAGAAGAAGCAAGAGGUAGGAGAGCAAGAGGAGAAAUUGAUGCUUCAAAAGGCCCGGGAACUUGAGGCAUUUGAUCAGCAAAAUCACGGGGCAGUGCCCCAUCACAGUGAUAAAAAUUAUUCUCGUGAUAAGAAUGGUUUCCAUGGUGCAAAUAGUGUAAAGGCUACUUCUUUUGAAGAGGAAGCCUUGAGAACCAUGAAAGCUUUCUGGCUUCCUUCUGCUACUCCAGAAGCAGCUGCUAAAGUAGAGGCUCCUUCCACUAGCACAACUUGUCCAGAGGGAAACGAGAAGCUAAAGCUGAAAUCCCUUUUCCCCGUAUAUUUCACAGAAGAAAAGGGUGAGGACUACAAAUCAACAGCUUAUGACAAAAAACAUAUUUGUCCAAGCUGCAAGGUUACAAUGACCAAUGCAAUGUCACUUGUGGCUCUUAGCUCUUGCGGUCAUGUAUUCUGCAAGAAAUGCGCAGAUAAGUUUAUGGUUGUUGACAAGGUUUGUCUAGUUUGCAAUAAGCCAUGUAAAGAGAAGAAUCUAGUAAAUUUGAAGAAGGGAGGUACGGGAUUUUCUGGUCAUGAUGAGAAUUUGGAAGCAAAAGAUUUCAAACAUUUGGGAAGCGGUUCAGGUUUAGGGCUAGUAAGGCCUGCCCAGAAGGUUUAAGUUCGGAUUUUACAUGUAUGUAGUUGCAGGAAACAAUGCCUUUCAACUGCAGUUUCUGAAUGGCCGUAUAGCGAUGUUUUUUUUUCUGAGCUUUUGUAAUUGUAUUAAGAUCUUAUUGUUUUUCUUGUAAUCUUUUAAUGUUAUGUGGCAAGUCAUAUACGGAGUAUGUAUUGUUUUCAUAUAUACUUUGAAGGCAAGAAAUUCUGGAAAGAAUUUUUUUUUCUCCCACCGUAGUUUCCUUGCACAGGAUGACAGGGAGCAU